AUGACGACCAAAAGAGGGUUCCUCCCUCGCGAAGGCCUUUACAUCGACCCCAUCGUUGCUAGCCUGCGAAAAAUCCUCCAUCCUCUCUUUACCUUAUCACUCCUGUACUUUGUGCAAGGGGGAGAAUUUAACAGUACCGCUACGUUUUAUCAGAAGCUCGUCCAAUACAUCGCAGCUACCAGUACCCUCCUUUGGGUCAACAACUACCUUAGUGUCAAAAGCCGGAACAAUUGGACAAUUGACAAUGCGUGGGAUUGGAAAAAAGAGCUGGUUGUAGUGACUGGUGGUAGUGGAGGUAUUGGCGCUGGGGUUGCUCAGCGUCUUGCUGCAAUGGGAGCACGGGUUGUUGCUGUCGAUAUCAUACCGUUGACAUAUAAGCCUGUUGAUGGUCGUAUUUCGUACUUCAGGUGCGAUCUGAGUGACGAGAAAGAAAUCGCGGCCCUCUGUGAUACGAUCAAAUCCGAAUUUGGCCAUCCAACUGUCCUCAUCAACAAUGCUGGCCUGUCACGCGGCCGGACCGUGGUCGAGGGUACUUAUAGUGAUAAUAGCGUCACUCUGAAGACCAAUCUAUUAGCACCAUUCUUUCUUACCAAAGAGUUUCUUCCGGCCAUGAUCCGGCAAAAUCAUGGGCACAUUUUUAAUGUUUCCUCGAUGAGCGCCUAUAUCCCCCCACCGGGGCUUGCUGAUUACGCGGCAUCAAAAGCUGGGUUGAUCGCAUUCCACGAGUGUCUUUGCCAAGAAAUUAGACUACAGAAUGCGCCAAAGAUUCGCACCUCUCUUAUAGUGUUGAGCUUUACGAAAACGCCACUUUUCAAGGGGGAGACAAACCAAUCUCGAUUUCUCAUGCCUCUUUUACAUGUCGACACAGUGGUGGAUGCGAUUGUGGAUACACUUGACAGUGGCCUAAGCGAGACAAUUUUCCUCCCGGGAAUAUUCGGUUAUUUGGCUGGCUUGGUGAGUUAA